ACACCAACCACUUCGCAGUUAAAACUAAUUCUGGUGCGCCCUUCGUGGUUCCUAGUUCAGAAGUCUCCGAGAGUCGGCUCAGAAGUGAUAGUCCUUCGGAACGAAACAGCAGCUUCUUGUGGCUUUAUCGCCCUUUCCGCGCCUACCUGCCAUGCUAACCGAAAGAAGCAUGAGGGGCGGAAUACUUCUCCGUUGCCCAAGUGUAGAUAGAGGCCGUUGAGACGCACAGUUCUGUUUCGAACCACGGACCUCCCGCACGCACAUUCUUCGACAACUUGCUCUCCCAUUUGGGUUCGUGCCUUUCACAAUGACUGAUGGGACCUAUCCGUUCGAAAUAAACCUACGCUACAACACUCCGAGCUUUGUCGAUUUAUUCAGAAGUGCUUACCAGAGCAAUGAUAUCUCGGAUUUUCUACAGGAUGGCUGUAAGCUAUUGAAGCUCCCAUUCUCCUGUGCCGCUUUUGAAAACUUUCUGCAACCGAACUCUUCGGGGUCCAGUGAUGGUUGCUUCGCUUCAGAGUAUGAACUGAUCAAUAGGGCCGAAUCUGAAGCCCGCCGGCUGCCAUUCGAACGAAAAUGUAAUGAUAUGUUUACAUUUAGUCAAAGUGUCGACGUGGUUAAUUUAAGCUGUUCCAGGUCAACUGAAGCCGAAUCACAAUCCCUUUUCUUGGUUCAACUGAGAUCCUUUCUACUAUCGAACGUUAUUCCUUGGUUGGAGCAGUUGACCGGAGCACCGUUGGAAAAAGAGGUAGUGGACUUCACUUCGUCCAUAUACAGCACUAAUGACGUUCUGCUUUGUCAUGACGAUCAACUGGAAAAGCGAAGGAUUGCAUUUGUCUGGUAUCUGGUCCCUGAUGAUUGGGACGAACAAACAGAAGGAGGAUGUCUGGACUUGUUCAGCUGCCAACCGGACCAGCAACUUCACGUACCAGUGGUGGCAGAGAAGCCCACGGUACCGAUCAAUCCAUGGAAGAUAACCGCCUCCUUGCCACCACGUCGUAACAUGCUGGUGUUUUUCGAACCUUCAGCCUACUCGUUCCAUCAGGUCGCAGAAAAUCUCGGUGUCCGGGAUCGUCUCUCGCUUCAUGGAUGGUUCCACGGCCCACCACAUCCGCGACCUACAGAUAGGGACCACCCAACACCGAUCCCUCUUGUCUCCCCAGUACACGUAGAAAUUCUGAGACCUUACACUCCAAGUGAUCCUAAGUCCCUGCAGCCUACCUCCUUUUGCAAUGCUAAACACACUCUCUCCCUCACCUCGAUUUCCGUCCAGGAGGAACUUGUUUACCGAUGGAUUAGUCCCAUCUACCUGGAUAUGAAGCAGCAGUCGAAAAUCCGACGUCGAUUCAUCAAGUCAUCUGAAAUUCAGCUGAUGAAUUUCCUCAGAGCUGACGAGUGGUCCCGUUUAUGUCACGCUCUGGCCUUGAUUAAACCGUCUGCCUGGAUCAGAUGUGGUCCCUUCAAUCGAAAAAACUACGAUGUACUCCGGGGUGUUGGAAAGUUCGACUCGUCAGAAGACGCCGCACCAGAUGUUGUACGCGAACUCUACAGACUAUUCCGAUCCGAGGCUAUGUUGGUCGUUCUUAGCGACCUGUGUGGCAUUCGGUUACAUCCCGACUCGUUGCUGCAGCAAAGUCAGAAAGAGUUCAACGAACCAUCAGCCAAACGUUCUCAUCUGGAAAACGGUGAAAGUUGUUCUUCUUCGACACCCGAGUCGGAGCUAGCUAGACCCAGUGACCCUCAAUUUCGACGUUGGACCAUCGGCAGUUACACAUUGUUGGCGGAUUCGGACGUCCUGGACACCAGUUGGCGUUUAGAAUCUACAUUACAUCUUGGGGGAUAUGGACCAGUAGAAAGUGAUGAUGACACUGAACAGCUCGAUGGAAAGGGGGAUUCCGUAAACCGUUGGCCGACUUCUUGGGGUGGUCAUACGGUGUAUAUUGCUGAUGGUGAGAAAGAGGAGUUGCUAAGCGUGAGUCCGAUAAACAACGCUUUGACACUGGUGUAUGCCGGUCCGGGCACGGCUAGCUUCGUCAAAUACAUCAAUCAUUCUGCGCGCCCAUCCCCUCUUUUCCCACAGUUAUCAAACAAUAAACAGUCGACUGAUGAUUCCCCACCUUCUUGUUAUGACCUUUCCGUGACUUAUUAUGAGCCCGUCUCAACGAGUGAAUCAAGCUCAGUUAGUGAGAGUUCAUCUGAAGAUGCGGAAGAUGACGAAGGCGACGAGGAAGAAGAAGGCAGGGGGGAAGAACCUGAUGAACGAACGCCACUUGAAAAACGUGCGGUUGAAUCUGGAUGCAGUCAACUACUUGAAGACCCUAACUAACCCCCCUUGUUGUUAUGUCCCGCUUUUAUAAAUACCCUUAUUGUUCCGCAGUUUCUAUCCACUCUCCUUCCCCAUAUACCUAGAUGGUGUUAUCACGGCUGUCAGUUUCUGCAGGUUGAUCUGACCGAUUGACAGAAAGGUAUAUACGAUUACUCUAGCCCUCUU